AUGUCGUGUGCUUGCCGACAGAUAUCGUCGCAGGUCUCGUGGCGUCCACUUGUGGCGCGCACUUCCAAGGCUCGGAUGUGGCCGCCGGCAUCAAAUCAACACCUACACCUCACCCACCCGUCCACCCUCACAGCGACUGCGAUGGCCUCACAGAACAAAGUGGUCCACCAGGACUACAUUGCGCGCAUACGAUACUCGAACCAGCUGCCUCCUCCACCGAACCCUCCAAAGCUGCUCGACAUACCAGGCACAGGACUCGCCGGCGGACAGUACACGAGCGCGGCAUAUGCAUCGAGAUUAGUGAGGGAGCAGCCGCUCAACAUCGAGGCGGACGCCGAACUGGGCAUGCCCAUUGACCUGAUUGGUAUCCCUGGCGUAUUCGAUGGAGAUGAGCGAGCCAUCAGCGCGCGUCCUGGCGCACAGCUCCACCCAGCAGACAGAGCACUUCUCAAACCAUUGUCAACAUUGGGCAAAGCGGCAGCAGCGAGCGGAGGAGCAUCGUUCUUGCGAAGAACAGAAUACACAGCAUCUCAGGCCACACAGCACUUCACAUCCUCCACCUCCAAGGACUUGCUCAAACUGCGCAACGAUGCGAAGCGAAAGAGACCCAGUCUCAACAAGGACGACCCUAUCAACAUUAUGCGCAACAUCAUCAAAGGCUUCGACAUUGCACACCCUAAGGACGCCUAUACAGGCGAGGACAGCCAGACCAAUCUCCGAGGUGCACAAAUUACAGACGCCGAGACUAAGGCCUGGUCGAAUCCUCAGCAUCCCAAGAACCCCAGCCUCAAACUGCUCGACUCAUAUCCUGUACUGCCCGAUCUAGAUGCGAUACCUACUACUGGCUUCUACAUGAUCAUGAAGUUCGAAGGCAACCCCUUGGCCAAGACCGAUCAGUACGACCACCGCCUCGAUACUGCCCUCAUGCGACCAGUAAUGGACGAGGAGGCGGAAGCGAUAUACCAAGAGAAGCUAGCUGCGUGGGAAGAGUCAGACAAGACUAAGACUGAGCCCAUUCGCGAGUACGAUUAUGACUACUUCAUACCACAAGACGCUGCUGCUGUGCACGGCAUCAAGCGCAAGCUCAACCCGAACGACCCCGAGAACGACGAUCCGGAGCUAUACACCGAUGAGGUAGACGAAGGCAAGAAGGCAUUCAAGUUUCAACGGCUACGAACAUACGAAACCAAGUCGCAGAAAGGAGAUCCGAGGGAGUACUACAACCAUACCUUGGCGAUGGCACUCCACGAUCCUGAAUCUGAGGUUGGCGAGGUGUCAGGAAUCAAGAAGAGGCUACAAAAGGGCGCAUACUACUAUCCGAUCGUGCAGACCACUGCGGUUCGGCCGAAGCGUAAUGUGGGCAGGAUCGCAUAUCAGCAGGAAGAGACCAAGAUCGAUGAGCUCAAUAUCACGGUGGCAGAUCCGACCGAGGAUCUGCAGGCUGCGCAAAUGGAGAAGAGAGCGACUAUUGACCCGGCAGUGCGGACUACAGAGGUGGCAUAG